AUGUUUUAUAAUCACUCAAACGGAUCGCGUACUUUGCCGAGGGGAUUUAGAUAUGAGGAGCCUUGCACACCUGAACCUGCUUCCACAGAACCUCGUCAACCAUCCCCUCCACGACAACGCCUGAAAGUCCGAAGACGAAAUGCUUCAAGCUUACAAGCACCUACACAACAAUUUCUUGCAUCAGUAGCUGCUGCUGAUGUACCAGUGCCCACAAUUGAACUCGCACAAGAACAAGCGGAGGAUCUGGAUAUGCCCGAUAGAGAAGAUUUGUCUGUCAACACCGGUCUCCUUGCUCCCCUCACAUUCGAUCACCGAGCUAUCUCACCUCCGAAAACACCAAUGCCUACACUCUCCAUCGAUCUACCUGUCCAGCGACCAGACUGGACCAUGGGUUCGCCAUCUCCAGCUGAGGAUUACUUUACCAGACCUGGCUCAUCACAUUCAGACGGAUCUGACUUCUCAGGCGACUCCUUUUACAGUGGUAGCCGAAUAUCUCGCCCGUCGGAUGAUGGAAGCUGUACCAGCCCAGAAUCUGAUAUCGCCGAUCCAUUUCAUCUUCCGGUUCUCUCUAAAGGCAAAGGCAAGGCAUUUCUUCUCCAAGCUGAUGUCUUUCAACCUUUGAACAGCAAACUUCGAUCUAAGACCCGAAAGGACGCACCAUGGACCAAGGCUCAAAGUGCUCACCUAUGGUCUACCUACAUCAUGUACCUUCAAGAUCCUACAGUAACCCCGUUCCGCAUUGGCGCCAGUUCUGUUCCGCCAGAAGGAGUCUGCUAUAGAGUUGCCCGUGAAGCUAAGCGAAGCUGGAAGGGCCAAAAAGUAUCAUCACCUGUUCGCCGAUCCACAAGAUUAGGUUCAACCUUGAACUCCACAAGCGUGGCUGAGAAAAGUGGCAGCAACACUCCAACUGCUGAGUAUCCCAAAGUUUCCUACGCACAGUGGCCACAUAGUGGCGGUGCAACACGGAACCAUCUCCGUGAGAUGUGCAGGAAGAAAGACAAUACUUCUGUCACUCGCCAUCGUCAUUGGCAAUCACGUAGUCCUACGCCGUUCACCAAGCUUCAAUUCCGACUACGAACUCCCGAACCCCCACGAUCUUCUGCUUUUAACACCAAGGAUAUCGCCUUGUCCCUUACGACCAGUACAGCUGUUUCUAUGCAACCCGAUGGACCUCUCGCCCAACUAUCUGCUGAUAGUCCCGAUAUACCAGGCCCCUCAGCUUUCCCGGGUCUCGAAGAAUUCAAGCCACUGAGCUUCGGUGACUCACGUGGUAUGGGCCUUAGUCUGACCGAAUCAAAAGGUCGGCGACUUGGAUCACCAUUCGUGGCACGAACAUAUGGUCCCUCUUCAUCAAAGGCUUUGGAUCCAUUCGAACCGCGACCUUCUCCACCUAGGACACAGUCGGAUAAACUACUCAGGUCACCGCUACGACUGCACAAACCUCACUCAUUGAAUGGCACACAGAAACGUCGAGCUCAGCAUGAUCUAGAGGAAGAGCUCAGUCCAAGUGGCGCAAUCGUUCGACCAAGUAUUCUCAAUGAGCAACUGUUCGGUACGCCUUUGAACCAGCGGCGAGUUCGCAGUCGUGGAUUCUCACUUGGUGAUGAAGCUCUGAGACAUCGUGUGCCCGGUCUCUUUCAAUUCUCCCCUGUGGAUGAUGGCCCCAAGACAGCGGUACCACCGCAAACGAUUGUCCCUCCAACCGAGACACCUAGACUUCUUCCCUCUGCUACCUUCGAACCUCCUCGUGACCGUCUCGGCUCUCCUUUCUCGGAAUCUGGUCCAAGCAAUACAUUUCCCCGACGCUUGUUCCAGGAUGGAUCCGCAACAGUUCGCCGAUCCGCUUUUGCUACGGUCCACCAAACGCAUCAAACACGACGCUCAAUCGAAUCAUUUGAUUUUGGUGACGGACCCAUCAGUCUCCAAAGCCGACUUCAAAACCUCGAUUCCAAGCUCAGGCAAAUCCGAGAGCGAGAGGCAGCUGCGAAGCAACAAUAG